UCGCGUGCAUGCAUUGCCGCUUGGCCGCGCCGCAUUCAGCUACAGCUCGCUCGGACUCAACUCGCAAGAUGCGCUGCAAAUCGACCCUCCGCGCGUGGCUGCUCGUUUUUACGGAAACAAGUUGGAGACCGCGUGGACUGCACCCGCAGACACCGACACGAGCUGGCCGCUGUUCCACAGCGGCGUUCUGGCAGCCCUGUCGAUAGAGCGCGGCCAACUCAAAGGCGCACACCCGUCGUGGGUGCUGCUGAAUUGGCCAACGGAGCAGCCGACCGAUGCGGACCCUGCCGCUGUAGGGGAAUCGCAGCGGAACGCGAGCGGCUCUCGCGCGCGACAGCACAAGGCAAACGGCCCUCUGUGCGGUGUCCCGCCCUGGCAGGCAUUCAAGUACCUUAGCAUUCGCCAUGGCCUGACUUCUAUCGCCCUGCUGAUGGGCUGCGCUUGCGCGCAACGGGGCACAAUGAACGCGUCGGUGAGCAAGAUACUGUCACUGCAUAUCCCCACGCUGUUGCCACCAGGCUCCUCAGAGCUCAUGCUGCUGUCGCACGGCACGCAGGCGGCGGCGAUGCUUGGCCUGGGCCUGCUGUACAUGAACUCGCAGCACCGCCGCAUGUCUGAGGUCAUGCUUGGUGAGCUGUUUGCCAUCAAGAAUGCCACGCCGUCCACGAUGACGACCCGGCUUGACGGCGCCGAUCCGGCCGAAAGCGCUGCCGAGUGCUACUCGCUGGCUGCUGGAUUCGCAUUGGGGCUGGUGGCUCUUGGACAGGGCACGUCAUCCCGGUCGCUGUCUGAUCUGCACCUGCUGGACGCGCUCACAGAGACCAUGCAUGCCAGCGAUGGCAGCAAAGCCGCUAACCACGAGUCGCCAAUGGAUAUGCUUGGCCGUCUGAACAUUGCGCCGAGAAGCAGCAGAAGCCUGGGCAGCGGCGGAAACAUGGGCAAUGUAUCUGAUCUCGGCGCGAUCGCAGCACUUGGUCUCAUCUUCCUCGGCACAAACUACCAUCCAGCUGCACAGCGAUUGGCGCUGCCAACGACAACAUAUGAGAUCCGGUCAAUCGACCCGUUUUUAUUGCUCUGGAAGACACUCAUGCGCUCUUUAAUUAUGCUCGACUCGAUCUCCCCGACGCCAGCCUGGGUCGAGACCAAUGUUCCGCAAUGGAUGCCUGCCCAGCUGCCAGCUGAUCUGUGCCGCGCACGACUGCAUGUUGUGACUGCAGCGUGCUUUGCAAUCGGGCUCAAGUACGCUGGCACCGAGGACUACAGCGCGCACACGACGAUACUGACCUAUUUUGACGAAGUGGAAGCGGCAGCCAGCAGGCCAGCGUUGGGAUACGAGCCUAGCCUGACUCGUGCAUCAGCACAGGCCUGCCUCGACAUCAUGUGCAUCUCCGCUGCACUGGUCAUGGCCGGGAGCGGAGACGUGGCGACGAUGCAGCGCUUGCGCGCCUUUCAUGGUGUGAGCGCGUCGCGCACCUAUGGCACGCAUAUGGCGUCGAACUUGGCACUUGGAAUUCUAUUUAUUGGUGGCGGCGCUCGCUUCACGCUGUCCAACUCUGUGGAAUCCAUUGCGUUGCUGCUCAUUGCAUUUUUUCCGAGAUUUCCUCAGCACUACUCUGACAACCGCGAGCAUCUGCAAGCGUGGCGGCAUCUGUGGGCGCUCUGCGUCAAGCCGCGAUGCCUGGUGGCCCGAGACGUUACAAACGGGCGCAUGUGUCUGGAGGCGACAAUUUCGCUGGUCAGCCGAGAUACAAGCGGCGAAUCUCGCACAUUGAGCCUCGUCUCUCCCGUACUAUUCCCAUCGCUGGAUCGGGUCGCAUCUGUCCAUGUGUGGGCGCCAGGAUACCUGCCAAUAACUCUCGACCUGGAGAUAAAUCCUGACGUUGGCCACUUGCUUUCUAGGAGGCGCAUUAUAUACAUGCAGCCCAGCGAGCAUUUCCCAAGCCUGGGCACUACGCUAGGCGGAAUGGGCCUCACAUCGCUCUCCAAGUACCACGUGUGGUUGGCAAAUGUCCAGUGCUUGGUCACUGGGGCGUGCGAGCAACUGGAGGCAGCAGUGAGUACAAGGCCGGAAUCUGGAGAGCACUCGCAAACACCUCCAUUCUCUGCCAUCCAGGCCAUACAGCGGCUGCGCAUUUGUGCUCGGUAUUCGCACAGCUGUCUGACCAGCCGCAACUCAUAUUCGGGCGACAGUGCUGCGCGAAAUUGGGCCGAGGCGACAUAUCUGGCAUGGCUGGCCACGCGAGACACCGUUCUGAGGCUGGGCCGCUUGGACGCGUGCAGACAGAUGAUUGCUGCACAUUGGGCUGCGGGCCAAAUCUCGCCCGACGCUUCGAGAUCCAGUCGCUUGUUUGCUGUGGUUGGCCUGAUGAACGCUGCGCUGGACAUCCCGAGACCCGCAGAUGCAAUGGAGCUGGCAAAGGUGGUGCCAGCGUCUUCACUUGUGGACCACUUUUUGGGGGUUAAAUAA